CGAUCACAUCCCCCCGGUUCCAACAAUCGUCCCCUCAACAUUCACCCACCUUCCCUUUCCACUUCUUCCUCAACCCCUGUGCACCAGGUGCGGCUGCGACACCACCCCAUACCCCUCUCAUCACAAACCCACCUAGUGGCAGCUACCCCAUCCCCUUCAUCAACAACGAACCCACCCUCCCUUCCCACCCCGGAUCACUGCCCCCCGCUUGUGUCAGCAACCCCACCCCACCCGCCUCUCAAAACCCGCCCAGACCUCGCCCUGGAAGCUACCCAGCCCUAGUGGCCACCACCAUCCCACCACCAUCCCACCACCCCACCACCACAGCUCUCCUCUCCUCCCCGAUCACGGUGCAGCAGCUUGUGGCCAUAAUCAUCCCCAGAUUGAUGGCUCCCUGUUCCCAGCAGCGGAGCCUCCCGGCUCACAGGAGAUAAGAAGGCCUUGGGCCUUGAGACAGGCGGACGGCGCAGAAAGCAGAGCGCUGCGUGCUCCUUCCCCUCAUGCGUCAGCCUUGUGUUUGUGUGCAUGUGUGUGUGCGGCCACUGCAUACUGCAUACGUGCGAUAAUGACCACAUCCUGGCUCUGCGCUGCAAACACGUAAUUUUUUUGAACAGUUGCUGUUGUUGUUGUUAUCACUCACACAGACGGACACGUUUGUGUUUGUGAAGUGCUGUGUUCGGACAAUCAAUGUUUUCUAGCGCAACGGAUAAUACCCCUGCAGCCUCUCCUGAACUCUCCCUUCUGCCAAGAAAAAUAUUUUUCGAAAACCCACGAACCAUGUUAAGCUGAUAUUUUCUUAUCUACGUGGGUGGGUUUCAGAAACCAGUGAUCAAGGUUUCAGUGGUGGGUGGGAGACGACCAGCAAGCAGUUUGUGUUUGUUUGUGUGUGUGUGAGUGUGAGUGUUUGUGUGUGUGAGUGUGUGAGAGAGUACAUGUGUGUAUGUGGGAGCGGAGGCGGCUGUAGCACCACACUCCUCAAUGGCAGGCAACAGCACGGCCAUAUGCAACAUCACCUGCCAGGUAGAUUCCAGCAUCGACGAGUUCUUCCACCCCACCAUCUACAUCAUCGUCAUCGUGCUUGGCCUGCCCGCCAACUGCAUGGCCCUGUGGGCUGCCUACCAGCAGGUGAAGCAGAAGAAUGAGUUGGGAGUGUACCUGAUCAACCUGUCGGUGGCGGACCUGCUGUACAUCGCCACUCUGCCACUCUGGAUAGACUACUUCCUGCACCACGACAACUGGGUGCAUGGUCAGGAGUCCUGCAAGCUGUUUGGCUUCAUCUUCUACACCAACAUCUACGUGGGCAUUGCCUUCCUCUGCUGCAUCUCCGUUGACCGGUAUCUGGCGGUGGCACACCCGCUCCGCUUUGCCAAGGUGCGGCGGGUGAAGACCGCGAUGGGCGUCAGCGCCGUGGUCUGGGUGAUCGAGGUCGUGGCCAACUCGGCGCCGCUGUUUCACGACGAGCUGUUCGAGAACGGGCACAACCUGACGCUGUGCUUCGAGCGCUACCCCAUGCAGGAGUGGGUAGCAGGCAUGAACCUGUACCGCUCCUUCCUGGGCUUCCUGGCGCCAUGGCUGGUGAUGCUAGCCGGCUACCGCGGCAUCGUGCGGGCGGUGCGCACCAACGUUUCGACGGAGCGGCAGGAGAAGGCCAAGAUCAAGCGGCUAGCGCUGAGCCUGGUGCUAAUCGCGCUGCUGUGCUUUGCGCCCUACCACGUGCUGUUACUAUGGCGCAGCGUGCUCUUUCUCCAUCACCCGUGCGACUGCAGUGGCGAGGAGAUGCUCUUCACCGCUUACCACGCCGCGCUGGCGCUCACCAGCCUCAACUGCGUGGCCGACCCCAUCCUCUACUGCUUCGUCAACGAGGGGGCGCGCCACGACGUGGGCCGGGCCUUGGCCAGGCUACUCGCCGCCAUGAGCUUCGGCGGGGCGACAACGCUGCCGAUGCACGCCGACGGGCUCACGGGCGCCUCGAUGACCUUGGACACGCCCCUGUCGACCAAAAAGAACUCAACGUUCUGCGCGGAACCGACGGGCAAGCCAACGAGCGGCUACAAGGCCGAGCUGGAGGCGUUUAAGGAAGAGUGUCUUCAGAUGACCAUUCUCAGUGUUAAGAAGUGAGCAGCAGACGACAUCCCACAAUCCCCACACUGUCCAUUACAUGCAGUACAUGCAUUUGUUACCACUCGGUUGCAACCACUUGAAGCUCGAACUUGCGUCCUUCCAGUCACAGCUAUGAUUCGGCAUGGGAGACACAGGUAGUAUAGCACUGAGCUAAAGUUCCAGACCGAUAGCUCAGCACUACCGCAGCUGUAUGAGGCUCCAGGAGGGAGGUUUGCUAACGUUCUAUCGCCAAACUCUUCUAGUUGGCAUUCAUUACACAUCCAUUAUUUGUUUCAGUAAUUUAGAUGUAUGAACGAAUGUGACAAAACAUUUGUGAUCAAUGCAUGCGCGAUUGACGAUGUGUCGGAUUAUUGUCUACUGCUUUGAACCUUUGAGCCUCGGUUGUGUACAUCCAAUGCACCCGUUUGAUCACUGAGGUGUCCAAAAGCACUCUAUGAUGAAGAGAAGAUUGACAGAGCAGCGUCAAGAGGACGGAUGCAUUAACAUUGGCUCAUAUGUAGUGCACAGUGUAAUGAAUGAAUGCGUUUUUGAUUUGGUGACAGACUCUGUUUCAAAGCAGGAAAUGUGCUCUCGUCCAGGUCCGAGACCGGGAUCACCGGUACAAAAGGAAGGGAGGAUCUGGGCAUGUUCAACAUGACUAGUCACGUCACAACUUUUCACGAUGGGGUGUCGGUAACACUGGCUUGUGCACUAUGUCCUUGAGCACUAUGUAGUGAGCGAAUUAACAUUUUGCAUUUGCCAACAGUCUCUGUCACUCUCAUCCUGGGGCCGGGGAGGAAUCGGUACAAGGGAAGGAAGGAAAUGACUACUCACCCAACCAUGUCCAAAGUAGCUGACCACUCCAAUGUUAUAGUGUCCAGGGUGUGAGUGGCACUGGCCUAUUCACUUUUAUGGUGCAGUAUGUGGAAAAUGAAUGAACGUGUUGGAUUUUCUGAGUGCUAACAGACUGUGUCUCAAGCAGGAAAAUGACACUAUUCCUCUCUCUGUGGUUUCUAGAAUACUGAAGGACUCUUAAGGUUUUUGGUCAGCCUCAUGACUAGAUGUGAUGUCAAUAUUUGGGUUCAUUAAGUCUGAAUACUGUACUGUAUAAUAUGCGCUGUAGACAGUGUAAUCGAAGGAUAGGAUUGAAAUUCCGUUUAUGUUUUUCUCUCUCUCUCUUUUUCAUGAAAGUUAAUUUAUUGUUGUUCCCUUCUUCUGACGUGAGCAGCCUUAGUUCUGACAGCUACAAGUACACAUUAAUUCCAUGUUUAUAGCAGUGGGAUACCAAGCCUCACAUACGUAUCUCUGUUUUAUUUAUAAUACACACAAGGACGCACUUGUGGUGCGACGAGACACCCAAAGUCAAAAAGGUUACUGAAUGUCACUUUCUGUAAUGUUUUCAUUUUUUUGUUUGUCUGUUUGUUUGUUUUGUGCACUUGUUUACAUUUCUCCAUCAGAGCUUUCUGAAUGCCUUGCAUAUAAGCGCAGUAAGUUGAAUGUUACUACUCUCUCACCACAGGGUUCUAUCUUCAUGUAGCAUCAUCAUCAUUGUCAUUGUCAUUGUCGUUGUCGUUUUCGGGGCUGUUGUUGUUGCUGCUGUUGUUGUUGUUGUUGUUGUUGUUGUUGUUGUUGUUGUUGUCAUGUCAUCAUCAAUGUUGUAAC